AUGUGCAAUCACGUCGAGAGCCCUCAAACCAGAAAUCUCAUGAACGACACUCUCUUAGACACGGCGAACAGAUACCAGCAGCAAGAUACGUUUUUGUACUCAGACUCGGACGUUUGGUUCAGAGCAGCCACUAUAGCUGUUCCCAUCUGUGGAGCUGUCAUUCUUUUCGUUCUCAUCGCCUUGGCUGUGAAAAUUCUCAAGAACGAACAUCAAAGUUCUGCUAUGCACAAAUUGGGUCCGACAAUGUACGUGCAUGCCAUGCCUCAGCAAUCCAAACCUGUCAAAGAGAAGUGCCCUCAUGACACCUUCGACAGGACGUACAGCAAUCUGCUGAGGGAAGGCUACGUUCCCACACACCACAACACCUGCCACCCCAGUCCCACCGCGGACUACCAGAGGCAUCACCAGGUGCCUCUGCUCGCCCCCAGCGAAGCAAAAAAUACCACCAACGCUAGGUACAACUUUUUGAAUCGGGACGCGGAUUCCCGAACAACCUUCGUGUUGGAUAUCGAGAAAAACCAGUCUGGUUGCUCGGAAGUGAACGUGGCGAAUGGUUCGGGUGAUGCCAGUGUUCGAACGAGGGAUUCCUACACUUUUACCUUCCGUCUCACCAUCACAACACAUGUUACCCCAGUCCGACCAGGGACUACCAGAGGCAUCACUAGGUGCCUCUGCUCGCGCAUAGCGAAGCAAAAAAUACCACCAACGCUGUGGUACAACUUUUUGAAACGGGACGCGGAUUUCCGAACGUCCUUCGUGUUGGAUGUCCAGAAAAACCAGUCUGGUUUCUCGAAAAAGAGCGUCAAAUGGAAUGAUAUAUUUUUCAAACGUUCAUCAUCUCGAAAUAUCAAGAAAUUGUCCGGCGAAUUGAGAGAUCACCGUUCACAGUACCUAUCGACGACAACUGACAAACGUCGAGCAACCACGGAUCAAGAUGGUGCUGAAUACUUUAUGUUCCUUGGAAUAGAGGUCAGCAACGAAUAUUUGCUGAAUGUUUCCAAUCUGAAUUUGUCGUUUCUAAAUCCUCAUUAUGAGAAACAAAUCAUCAAUUUAAAGUGUUCGAACGAGGGAUUCCUACACUUUUACCUUCCCACUCACCACCACAACACAUAUCACCCCAGUCCAACCGGGGACUACCAGAGGCAUCACCAGGUGCCUCAGCUGGCGCAUAGCGAAGCAAAAAACGCAACCAACGCUAGAUUCAACUUUUUGAAUAGGGACGUGGAUUCCCGAGCAACCUUCAUUUUGCAUAUCGAGAAAAAGCAGUCUGGUUGUUCGGAAGUGAACGUGGCGAAUGGUUCGGGUGAUGCCAGUAAAUUUCAGACGGGAAAGACUUGUGUUUCUUAG